ACUUCCGGUGCAACAUCCGGGUCAGUUCUCUUCCAUGCUACACAGAAACGGAGGCGCGACCUCACGUUGAUUCAUAAACCGCAAUAAAAUUGAUUAAAUCCACAGAUAUCAUGUUCAAACUGGAAGGACUCGGUCCUAAGAUGGACCCAGAGGAGAUGAAGAAGAAAAUGCGACAAGAUGUCAUCUCAUCUUUGCGAAACUUCCUUAUUUACGUCGCUCUCCUCCGAGCCACUCCAUAUGUCCUGAAGAAGCUGGACAGUAUAUGAUAAGAGUGUCUUCCUUCCAUCCAUCCUGAGGAUCUUCCCUGUGUCAGAGGGCGGUGUGGACCACCAUUAUUAUCAUCAUCAUCAUCAGAUUGCCGGAGGAUGACCAACAUCUCUUCAUUUUUACUAUUUACGUAACAUGCACUCAUGUUAUGUACCUCACUAGCCUGCUUAUGUUAUACUUAACACACUUUGUUAUACUAUGAAUGCUCAUUAUGAAUGUUAUUCAAUGGAAGAUAGUUUGUGUGAUAAAAUAUGAUUCAAAUUUCA